AUAUAAGUAAUAUAAAUACAAAAUCAUGGAUAUUAAAACAUUUGCUGAACCAGAUUUUGAUUCUAAAAAGUGGAUAAACAAAGCGUGGAGUUCAAGCGGUAAUCAAGAAAAAGAGGUAUUUGUGGCCAAUACUGUGUCUCGCCUGCAGCUAUAUAUGAAACAGUUGACCAACUCAUUGGACGAAACUACCACACAGCUAUUGACAUCAAUACCUAGGAUACUGCAAGAUGCGUCUUCUCUUCACCAAGAAGGUGCUAUGCUGCAGCAGACACUGUUGUCCUUGGAACAGAAGGUCGAAGAUGUUGAGCAGAGGACGGGUAAUUCGAUUGAGAGCUUGCAGAGGAUCGACCACCUCAAAAGUAGACUGGAGAAUGCGGCGUCGGCGCUCCGCGAGGCGGAUAAAUGGGCAGCCCUAGCGGCGGCCCUGGAGGACAUACUGGAGGCCGGGCUCCCCACAGCUAACGACAAGUUGUUAGAGCUGGCUGAACAAGUGUCCGCCAUGACCGCUAGUCUUGAGGUACUGAGCGAGGCGCCUGACUACGAAAGCAAGAGGUUGCAACUGGAGGCCCUGUAUAACCGUAUGGAAGCGGCCGCCAGUCCGCCUCUCAUUGAAGCCCUAACGCAGAUGGACGCAGAGCGCACGGCAACCUACAUGUCGUUAUUCGUGGGCAUGUCCCGCGCGAUAUCUGUAUGUAGAUGUUGGCGCCGCGCGGCCUCCCAGCGUUUGCUGGCAGCCUGGUGCCGGCUCGCCCCGCCAGCGCCGCCGUCGCUCACCCGCCUGAUAACUGGUGAUGCGCCUCGUCAGGUGGAGUGGUUGGUCAACGUGCUGAAGGUGGAAAGCCCUGUGGGUGAACUGUUAAGGCUGUACACAGACGUGCUGCUCUCAUUAGACCCCUCACCGACUAAGGUGGUAACUGCGAAUUUGAAGUUAUGCUCGUCUCCAGAAGAAGGCAUCAUAAUGCUGAUGGAUUUGAGAAGGGACAUUGAGGAGUUUGUGGCCUGCAUACAAGCGAUCAUGGACGCGCCCAGGCAGACUAAAGAGGUGUUGGCGGCGGCUACUGCCCGCGAGUUCGGCCGUGCGGCGUACGCCCCCUUGCGCGAGCUGCUACCCCGGUACUCGGAGUUACAGACUGCUCUCUUGCGGCAACAUCUCAACGAGAAGCAGCUGCAGAAUACGGAGAACCUUCUAGAACAUUCGAGAGCGAUCCUCUCGGUCGCGGAGCGGUGCGAGGGUUGGCUAGAAACAGCGUAUAACAAAGCGAAAAAAAUCGCCGGCAUCGCUAUAUACCCAUUCUACGUGCCCGCUAUUGAAAACUUUAUCUCUUCAAUAACGAGUACGAUUUUCGCUCACACUCGUCGCAUAGAGGCUGCUUUCUUAUCAACUGUAUCCGCUGGAGAAACAGCUGGCGUGCUGUCUCACACGUUCCCAGCAUCCCUGGUCCUGGAGACAGCUGUUGCUGUGCUGUUGGACACGGUCGCGGCGCGACAAAAGAUUGAAAUCGAAGAGGAAGAACCGAAGAGCUCGAACCAACUGUCCGACCUUCCACUCCUGGUGCUGGAGGCGGAUGCACGACAGCAGCUGGCGACGCUGAGGUCACAGCCGCAGUCCCCGGCGGAGUUGUGGCGCGCCAAGGAACAACUUCGAACCCUUGCCAGAGCCAUUCUCCGGAAUCCUAUUGACGUGUUACUAGACGAGAUACCCCAGCUGGCUGCGUGGAAUAACAAUGAUGCGCUUUCCACCGACCUGCCUGACUUCGCUUUAUCACCUCAGGAGUAUAUCACCAAGAUAGGUCAGUACCUGAUGACUUUGCCGCAUCAUUUGGAGAUGCAUCUGUCCGAGAAGCAGGCGCCGUGGCAGUUUCUGGCCGAGGUCUGUACGCAUACAUGCGAUAUGUAUGCAGAAAAGGUGCUGAAUAUACGAAAUAUGGACGCUCUGGGAACGAAACGCUGUCUAACUGACAUUGUAUACCUAUCGAGCGUGGUGGAAGACCUCGGGACCAGCAUCACGCCGUCCCUCAAGAAUUUGGAGAAAUCUCUCCGAGCUGCUGCCCCACCGCAAGAAUAGUCUACCUUUUAUACGACCUCGGUGGUCUAGCGGUUUAGCCACCGCUUUACUUAUGAUAAUCGCAGGUUCGAUUCCUCGUACGGUACAAAUAUGAGUAUGAUUGUUAGUAUCGGUCUGGGUGAUUUCUAUGUAUAUUAUGUAUGUAUGUAUUUUAAAAAAUAUCUAAGUAUAAGUAUAUUAGUUGUCUAGUACCUAUAAAACAAACUGGUUAACUUGGGACUAGAUGGCGCUGUGUUUAUUGUACAGUGAGAGUAUUGUAUAAAAAAAAUUAAGUUACACCACGAAUAAAAAAACUCUAAUAAA